AUGAGAGCCUCAUUCACGAUGAUCACCGCCAUUUUCUUCUUUCUUGCCACUGCAUUGUCCAAUUUCAGUCCAUCCCAUGCAGGACAUAAAUUAAUCAACACUACUAGUGCUGGUCAUUCACUUGUCCUUGGUUUGGCUCAUUCUAGGUCAAUCCUUCCAACUCCAAAGACCUCUUUGUUUUCCUCAAAGAGACGACCAUCAGAAAUGCUCGACAUGAUGGAGCCACUGAGAGAAGUUAGGGAUGGGUACCUUAUAUCCCUAAACUUAGGGACACCCCCACAGGUCAUUCAAGUUUAUAUGGACACUGGCAGUGACCUUACUUGGGUACCUUGUGGGAACCUAUCCUUUGGUUGCAUGGACUGUGAUGACUAUAGAAACAACAAGUUAAUGGUUGCUUUCUCUCCUUCAUAUUCCUCUUCAUCCAUUAGAGACUCUUGUGCUAGUCCCUUCUGUAUCAGUGUCCAUAGCUCCGAUAACUCCUAUGAUCCAUGCGCCGUGGCCGGGUGCUCCUUAAGUACCCUUCUCAAGGGCACCUGUUCAAGACCAUGCCCUUCCUUUGCUUAUACCUAUGGUGAGGGUGUUGUGAUUGGGACACUAAGUAGGGACACCCUUAGAGUCCAUGGAAGUCGCCCCGGUGUACUUAGGGAGAUUCCAGAGUUUUCUUUUGGUUGUGUGGGAUCAACAUAUAGAGAACCUAUAGGAAUUGCAGGUUUUGGUAAAGGCCCACUCUCUCUCCCUUCGCAAUUAGGGUUCAUCCAAAAGGGUUUCUCUCAUUGCUUCUUGGCCUUCAAGUUUGCUAACAACCCUAAUAUUUCAAGCCCAUUAGUUAUAGGAGACCUUGCAAUUUCUUCCAAAGACCAUUUGCAGUUCACCCCAUUGUUGAAGAGUCCCGUGUACCCUAAUUACUAUUAUAUUGGUUUAGAGGCUAUAACUAUAGGCAAUAUUAGCAAAACCCUAGUGCCUUCAAGAUUAAGGGAGUUUGAUUCACUUGGCAAUGGUGGCAUGUUGAUUGACUCAGGAACCACUUACACUCACCUACCACAACCAUUCUACUCUCAACUUCUCUCGGAGCUACAGUCAGUGAUAACCUACCCUCGAGCCAAGGAAGUUGAGGCGCGGACAGGGUUCGAUCUUUGCUAUAGGGUCCCUUGUCCAAAUAAUACUUUGAGUUCUGAUGAUCUUCUUCUCCCUUCAAUCACUUUCCAUUUCCUGAACAAUGUGAGUCUUUUCUUGCCCCAAGGAAAUCACUUCUAUGCAGUGAGUGCACCAAGUAACUCCACUGUGGUGAAAUGCUUCUUGUUCCAAAGUAUGGAUGAUGGUGAUUCUGGACCAUCUGGGGUGUUUGGGAGCUUCCAACAGCAAAAUGUGGAGGUUGUCUAUGACUUGGAGAAGGAAAGAAUUGGGUUUCAACCAAUGGACUGUAGCUCCGCUGCAGCUUAUCAAGGACUUCACAAGAAAUAA